UUGGUGCAACGAAGACAACACUAGUGUGAUAACUGAAAUUUAAGAAGUCUGGAAACAAAACACAGUCUACACUUCCUCGUGAUUAACGCUCCAUAGAAAUAACUUACCGCCAGAAAAACUGCUAUAAUAUGCACAAUUCCGAUUUGUAUGGAGAACCAAUAGAGUUAACAUAUGGCAAACACACUAUUAAGUACCACAACUACAGAAAAGAUCAAAUGAAUACAACAUCUGACAAAUGUCACGAAAGACCGAAUUCGCUUUCAUAUUCCAAUCUAGAACAGGAUACUGUAAAAAAUCGUAAAAGUGAUAGUUUUCGACAGGAAAAAAGAAAGAUAAAAUGCCACAAAAAGGAUCAAAGAAUGCAUUCUUUAAAGGUUACUCGUGAUUUAAAGCCUAAGGACAAUGCUUUUAAAUGCGACAGAAUCACCAGAGUGUCACCUUCUAUUGAGUUAAGACAUGAAAACAGUAAAUUAAACAAGUAUGCUGCUAAUGAAUUUAUGGUUACUCUCGUAAAAAAAGAUGAUGGAUUUGGAUUUGCAUUUGAUGGAGGAAUUCCUGGACAACUAGAGAUAAAAGUUACAUGUCUUGUACCUGGAGGUAUAGCAGAUUUAAAUGGGCAGAUUAAAAUUGGAGAUUGUAUAACAACUGUUGACGGCCAUAAUGUAAUUGGGAAAACGCACUGUAAUGUAUUCGAAUACCUGCAAAGGGAAACAAAUAAGGUUGUGACCUUUGGUAUCAAAAGAAUCAUUCAUAACGAUAAGCUGAGUACCACUUGCUCUCUGAUGCAUCAUUUAGUUUUGUAUCAGGGAUCAACAGAAUUCAGGGACGAAAAGCAACCUGCUAACUACCAUAACAGGAAAGUACACCGGUCUGGUGUCCAAGACUUUAAUGUUACUCUUUGUAACAAUGAUGAUGGAUUUGGAUUUGGUUUUAAUGGGGGAUUUCUUGAUCAACCAGAGAUAUUAAUAACUCACAUUAAACCUGGAAGUAAAGCAGAUUUGAGUGGGCAGAUGCAAAUUGGAGAUUGCAUAAUCAGUAUUAACGACCACAGUCUGAUGGGGAAAUCACAUCAGUACGUAUUUCGUUACCUGGAGGAAAGAGAAGGAAAUACGACCACAUUCGGUAUCAGAAGAAUAGUUCAUAACGUGAGCAAAAGUUCACAGCCAGCGUUGAAACUAUGCAAGCAGGAAUUGUCAUUUACAUCCUGUAACAAUAUAUUCCUUGGUGGAUCUCAUGACCAUUCAAGCAUCAGUCAAAGCGAUAGCUUGAUUUUAAACAAUCUAACUGAAACAACAAAGAGUACAUUGAUACAACACUGUGAUAAAAAAACAUUUUAUCAAACAACUGGAUUUCAUGUUGCUUUAAGGAAACUUAUUUCAUAUCGGAAAGUUAUUCUCACAGGUGGGCAUGGAUGUGGAAAAACGUCAUUAGGAAUUGAGCUUCUAAACUAUUUUUCAAAAACUGAAACAGAAAUGUUCACUAGAAAAAGUCCUUUUAUUAUUCGAAUCCCGAAUCAUUGGCAUGUAGUAGUUGAGCCUGGUCAAAAUGUAAUAAUUUUACUUGAUGACAUUUUUGGAAAAGUAAGAUUAGAUGAAAAUUCCUUAAGAAAGUGGAGUUGCAUCUUUCCGGAUAUGCAGACCUGUAUAAAUGACAGUAGAAUGUGUGUUUUUGUUAUAAUAACUGUUCGCGAUAAUAUUUUGUCUAAUAUUUCAGAAAGGAUUCAACGAAUGGAAUUAUUUCAAAAUGCUAACAAUUGUACAGUCAAUUUAAAUAUAGAAUCAAGUUUAUCGAUAGACGACAAACGUGAAAUAUUGAUAAGACAUUUUCAGUUUCCUAGAAGUCGUCAAAUAUUUGUGCUAUGCGUUAACCAUGAGAUGUGUCCUGAUGAAAAGAAUUCAAUCCACAUCAAUCCUGGGGAAAUCGAAAAUAUUAUAUCCAUACCUAAGUUGUUCGCAUAUCCUUUAUGCUGCUAUAACUAUGUCAACAACGAGACUUAUUUGCAGAGAGGACCUAGAUUUUUCAGACAACCAUAUGAGAUAAUGUAUAAUGACAUUAAACAUAUUUGCGAAGACGAUAAACUUGCUUAUUUUCUCUUUUGUUUGAUUUUAUUAUCAAAAUCAAAUGAAUUUCUAAGAAAGAAUACUGCAGACAAUUACUUUGGAUUAAACUUCAAACUAUAUAGCACUUUACUUGAAAUAUGUAAUAAACCUGGCUGUGACAGCAGUUAAACUAUUCAGUUAGAACAAAAAAUCAAUAUCUUCUCAGACAUAUACGUACAGGUCUUGAAUAAUGGAUCUGUUGUAAGACUGUCAAACCAGACAACACUUGAAACAAUAAUUCGCAUACUUAGUCACCAACAUUUGGACUUAUUAAUUAACAACUUAGAUUUGGAACUUUUGAAUAGUGUCCUUACUCUGAAUAUCAAUGACAGCGAAAAUCAGAAGAUACACAUUCCUACGCAAUUUUAUGAAUCUGUUAUUGACAGAUUUAUUUAUGAAAUUUUAAAUGGAGAACAAAUGCAUGUAGCCAGAAGUAAUACAUUUAAUCAUCAGCAAUUUGUUGAAGCGUUUGUGAAUUCUAUGACCAACAAAACAUAUGGACUUUGUUUUACUAAGAAUAAAGACAACAAAAGCUUAUUGGAGCAUGCAAUCAAAACCGAUCCUCCACGUUAUGCGCUGAUAACCGAAAUUCUAUCUCGCGACCAACCAUUGAAAGAAACUCAAGACCAAUGCUUCAAUGAAAUAAUCUAUAAAGGUUUUUGUUAUGCGUGUAGGAAAAGUGAUAUUCGACUAUUUCAUGAAUUUAGCAAUUAUGUAAAAAAUCUUCCAGAUCAGUUUUUACUAGAUGGUGCAAUUCAUUUUUCCGAUACAAUAUUUAACUUGCUUUUAAGAUCGCCAAUGUGGACAUCUGACAUAAAAAGAUCCGCUCUUGUCUUUAGAAAAAAAGAUGACACAACAUAAGAGGAGACUAAGCUUGUUUAUUUUAUUGUGAUGAACAAACACAAUACUACAACUGAAUUUCAAGUUAAUGAUGUAUAAGUUAUAUCAUUAACAAAAUGAUUCGCCUACAAAUGGCGUUUAAAAGAUGAAAUUGUUUCCGCUGAAAAACACCAUACAGUUAAAUUUUAUUUGAAGGAAUAAGUUACAAAGAGGUGUGUUAAGGCGUAACGAUUUAUAUAACAGAAAAGAGAUACAUUUACACUGAAUUACACUUUUAUCCGUUUACGUCUCCAAUAAAAUCAUU